AUGGAGGAUGGUCCGCAUAUACUGCCAGAUGAGCCACCAACAGGAGAGCCCAUUGGAAACCCAAGGCUUGGGUUGAUUGAUGCGAGGGAACGGGCGUUAUGGAGAUGGGCAAACGUGGAGAACCUGGAUAUAUUCCUGCAAGAGUUAUACUCGUACUACCUCGGCAAGGGCAUUUAUUCCAUCAUCCUAUCCCGCGUCCUCGACCUCCUUACUUUACUCUUCGUUCUAUCUUUCUCAACAUUCCUCACAACAUGCGUCUCAUACCCCCUCAUCCCCACCUCCCACCGCCUCACCGAGGUCCUCAUCCCACAAUGCCUCUCCACCAUGUCCUCCACCAAAACCUCAAUUCUUUGGCUUUUCGGCGUAUAUUGGUGUAUCAAAGGACUCCAACUAAUCGGUGAUCUACCACGCCUCAAGGCGUUGAAGGAGUUUUAUGAGUAUGCACUCGAGGUCCCGGAUGGGGAUUUACAGAGUAUUGGGUGGGCGGAGGUGACGAAUCGGCUUAUCAAGCUCAAGGAUGCGAAUCCGACUACUGCGUCGAAUCUCAGACGACGGACGCAGCCUGUGGCGAGGAUGGAUGCACAUGCUAUCGCGAACAGGAUCAUGCGGAAAGAGAACUAUCUCAUCGCGCUUUUCAAUAAGGAGGUGUUGGAUAUACAGAUUCCGUGGGUGAGAGGGAUGGGUAUGGGCAAGGGGAAUGUGUUGACGAAGGCGUUGGAGUGGAAUUUGGAUUUGUGUGUGUUGAGUUAUGUGUUUGAUGAGCAGGGGCAGGUGAAGGAGUUGUUUGUGCGGGAUUCGCAUCGACGACUACUAGUCGAAGCGUUACGCCGACGAUUCAUCUUUGCCGGGUUUAUGAAUAUCCUGCUCGCGCCGUUUAUUGUCGCAUACCUGCUUCUGUUAUACUUCUUCAGAUAUUUCAAUGAAUACCACAAGAACCCCAGCUCUAUCGGCUCACGAAAGUACACGCCCUACGCACAAUGGAAGUUUAGGGAAUUCAACGAGCUGUACCAUCUGUUUCAGAGACGGAUCAACAUGAGUUAUCCGAUUGCAAGUCGAUAUAUUGAUCAGUUUCCCAAGGAUAAAACUGCGCAGUUGUCGAGGUUCGUAUCGUUCGUUGCUGGGUCGUUCGCCGCCGUGCUGGCUUUGGCGUCCGUCAUCGAUCCAGAGUUGUUUCUUGGGUUCGAGAUUACACCUGAUCGAACGGUGUUGUUCUACAUCGGAAUCUUCGGAACGAUCCUCGCCAUCAGCCGUGGGAUGAUUCCGGAUGAGACGAUCGUGUAUGAUCCGGAAGCGACGCUGAAAGAGGUAAUUGAGUAUACUCACUACCUUCCAGAUGAUUGGAUCGGUCGUCUACAUUCUGAUGAGAUUAGACGGGAGUUCACGAAGUUGUAUGACCUGCGAGUCUCGAUCUUCUUGCAGGAGAUCUUAGGGGUGUUGUUCACGCCAUUCAUAUUGUGGUUCUCAUUACCAAAGUGUAGCGAACGUAUCGUGGAUUUCAUUAGGGAGUUUACGGUACAUGUUGAUGGGAUCGGCUACGUGUGCUCGUUCGCCGUCUUUGACUUUAAAAGACAUGGGAAUGCGCGGUAUGGUGUUCCCACGGGGACGCAGGAUGAGCAUUACGUAUCCAAUGAGGGUAAGAUGGAGAAGUCGUUCUUGAAUUUCAAGGCUGCGAAUCCGGAUUGGGUUCCUGAUCCAUCUGGAUCUGCGUUCCUAACGCGGUUGAAUGAGACACAGGGAACGAGAGGACCUCCUCAUCGGAGGACUGUGGGGCGGGGACCGCUUAGUCCACUGGGCCGACAUGCACCGCCGAUGCGACACCAUUUCGCGGAGGCACCGGUGAGUAUGUCGGAUAGUCCUCAGCGUCCGAUGACGGGACGUACGACGGGGUUUCACCCGAGACCUGAAGUGGUGGAGGAAGACGAAGACGAGAAUGAGCCAAGGGAGCAUGAGCGGUACAUGAGUAAUCUGGGUGAAUCAUAUACAUCCACCACGGCCCCAAUCAACCGCGAGGAGCCGAAGGUCGAGGAUUUGGGUGUCGGAGGCGGUGUUUUGGGUUUGUUGGCGCAGUUUUAUGAGGACGGGAAGGGACAGGGGGUUCAUCGGUAA